CGUUCAAUGGAAUAUGCCAGUAAACAGCGAGAUUGACUGCUGGGCAAGACUAGAACACAAGAACGUUCUACCGCUCUGGGAGCAGCUCGACACGAUGAUUCAGUUCUAUUCUUCACCGAACUCAUGCCAGGCGGCAGCGUAGCAGACUUUCUCUUCUCGGCCGACGAUAAGCCCUAUCCCCUGGACGAAGGGAAAGCACUGAGCUUUCUGGAGCAAGUCCUACAAGGAAUCAAGUAUAUGCAUACGCAGAGAAUUCUCCACUGUGAUAUCAAAGGAAGCAAUAUUCUCCUGGCAGAUGAAGAGCGUCGCUUUGCGAAGAUUGCGGAUUUCGGUACGGCUAUCGAUUUACGUGGGGACGGCACGGAUGGCUAUGAGACGUCUGUGCACUCCAGUGCUGGCGGCGGAGGAGGUCUUGGCUUCAGGUCCGUCGUGGGCUCCCAGCCAUGGAUGUCACCAGAGGUGGCUAGAUCAGCUGCUGGUGCUGACUCCUACCCGCGCGAUAUCUGGGCUUGCGGUUGCUUUCUCUACGAGAUGUUGAAUGCCAAAGCACCGUGGUCGUGUGCGAAUGUCGGCUCUCUCAUCUUCAUGAUUGGUAAAUGCAACUCGCGUGACAAGGUGCCCAAGUUGCCUAGCAACGUGUCGUCAUUCACACAAAAGCUGUACGAUGCCAUGACAACUAUCGAUGUAGCUGAUCGUGCCACGGCUACAGAGUUGGUGGAGAUGUUCGAAGAUUAUCGUCAGAAGAACGGAGCUGGCCCGAGGUCUCUCUCGUCGGUGGGACGUGAUUUGCUAACGGAGAUGAGUUGUCAAGACGACGCGGCGGUGGAGAAUCCCGGCAAGAGCAUCGCCGACGACGACGGCACGUUGCCAUCGUCACGAGGCGACACACUGACACCCGACCUCGCCAUGGCCGUUGCCACUGACAACGAUGCAGGCGAUGCCGACGUAACCAUGGUAAACAUGGCUGCCGACGAGAAGGCCAUGGUGCUGGCAUCAGCAGCGGCAAGACGGGGGUAUGCGAACAGCUCACAGAACGCCACCACAAGUUCAACUUCAUCAGGUAUUGACGUGUCUUACGAUGACCACCCAGUGACUAUAAACCCAGACGAUGCUGACGCUGCAGAUCUCCCCAUGGGGUAUACUAGAGCAUCAGGUAACCAUGACGACAGCCAAUCACCGGCAACCGUUACUGGGCAUGACGCCGACAUGGACAUUACGGUACACGAGGAGGAGCCUCACACCGCGCCUUCCAUGUGGCAUUACAAUCACCAUGCCGACCGAUCAGCGGUGCAGCCACGACCGCGCUCAGCAGCGUUCGCCGCGGCACAAGGAGAGGACGAUGUUGUCAUGGUGACUACUCAGCAGUAUGACCCGAGCAAUCCCAGCGUUCAACAGCAGCACCAACCGUCAUCGUCAUCGUCACCAUCAUCGUCAGGACUGACAGCGCCGUCCAGUGCGCAUGGCUGCGGCGGUGGUGGUGGUGGCGGUGAUGGUGGGAGCAGUCUGGGUUCGAGCUGGGAAUUCGUGGAAUCAACCAGCCCGUCGUGCCUACCAUCCUCACUCUCAAAAGUAGCUGCUGCAACAGCGACAAGAGCAAGCCCCGCGGCAACGACAGGUCCCAGCGAUGGCCACCAUGGUAACACGAACACCAAUGACGUCACCACCACUGCCGAGAGCACUGGUCGUCGUAGUAACGCGUCGUCUCAGAGUAGGCAGCCGAGGCACUCCGCAGUUGCCGCCAUCUCGCCAGGACAACGCACGGACCAUUCCGACACGCUCGCCUCAAUCAACUUUCGCUCUGCGCAGCGGCAGGCCAGCGUGGAGCAAGGCGCUCGAUUCAAAUCUCCCCUACGGCAUAUGCACACCUGUCCCGAUCUGUCCCUCUCAUCUGCCUGGCAAUCUCGACCACCACUCUCCUCAACGGCAGCAGCAGUGACAGCCACCGCAGCCACGACGGCAGCAGCAACAGCAGCUCAAGGAGGAGGACCUAGCGGCGGAGGUACAGGCGCUGAAGUGCCGGCGUUGCCCAAUGAGAUCUCACCGUCCAGUUCCAGUCGUCCCAUUGCCAUAGCAACGCAGAAACAAGCCGCUGCCGAUUACUCGUCCAUGCGACCUGGUUUUGUACCAUCCAACCAGAGCGCUACGAGCUUCACAAAUUCAUUUCUUUCAGGCAGUGGAGUGUUCCCGUACGAUUCCUCCGUCACGCGACCUAGCAAUGUUGAUCUCCAUGACAGCGAUCAUCAAUACUACACGACUAUUGGCGCACACUCGGCGUACACAACCCUGCCGACCAAUCCACUGUCACCCGUUACCAUGGACACCGCUGUACGGCUAGCACCAGCGGUUGCUAGGUUACCGCGAUCAGCUGCCGCACCACCACCAACACCACAACUGGUGUCAACGGCAGCAGCAGCAGCAGCAGCUAUGCCAGGGACAACUACAACUCGACGUGCUCCUCCUGCACAAGCACCGGCCUCGGCGUUCGUGCAUGGCACUCAAACCAAUGGCGGUGGUUCAGAUCUGCGUGGCACUGCUGUGGCAGCGUAUCACCAUGGUUAUGCGGCUCAGCCUCAUGCCAACCAUGGCAACGGCUAUGGGCGUCCACAAUCUGGUAUGGAUCCUGCUGCUGGUGCCAGUGCGGUGGGCCAUAGUGCAUACCAUGAUCAGUACGGUGCACAGCAUCAUCAGGGAUGUCCACCCAGGGACUUCUACCGUGGGUCCGGGAACGGCCACCACCACCACCCAGCGUUACCCAGGGCGGGGAAUCCCCCCGGUGCCGGAGACGGUACUGGACAUGACAUGUACGUGUAUAGCCCCAGGGUGGGUGCAGGGGCAGGGGCAGGGGCAGGCCAUGGCAGGCUGGAUGACAGCAACACGGUGUUGACAGGGCAGCAGAGCCAGCAGCAGCAGCAACAUCAGCAGCACCACCACCACCAGCAGCAGCAACAUCAGCUGCAGCAGCACCACCACCAGCACCAGCAACAACAGCUGCAGCAGCACCACCACCAGCAACAGCAACAGCAGUGGCAGCAGCAGCAACAACAGCACGCCGGGCAAGGACUGACAGAGAUUCAUGGUCAGAAUGAACCUGGGAGUGCAGCCUUCACAUCUGCAGCAGCAGCAGCAGCAGCAGCAGCAGCAGCAGGUCUGAAUACAAGAAACUGUGCUGGACCUGUGGAUACAGCUGCUGCUGCUGGUGGUGGUGGUGGUCCUCACACUACUACGGCAACACAGUCACAGUCGCCCCCGUCCGUAAUGUCCUUUAACACGGCACCGGGCACAACCAUCCCAGCAGCAACAACACCAACACGUGGAAGAACGACAGCGUCACAGACCGGCAAUGCUGAUGGUGACGACGAUGACAGUGAUGAAGCGCCGUUUGACGCCGGCGCCAGUUUUGAGGUACAGCUGAGUAACCAUGACACCCCAAGCAACGAGAAUCGCGGUAUCAUUGAUAGCAUAUUCAAUGCCAAGUCAGCAGCCACAGCCACUAGUGCUAGUGCCAAUCCAGCACCCGCCGUCGCCACCACACCCAGUGCUGACGUAUCCAGGACGACCGUUGCUCCGGGUUACUCCAGUUCUCGUAUCCAAGGUGAGCUCUUCCUGGAGGACCUGACUGUAUCCUCGUCGUCGACGACAACACCAACUGGCCACCUCCCGUCACCCAUGGAUAUGACAAAGUCGGCGAAGACAUCGUCUGCACUAGUAUCAUCUCAAACCAUGACAUCAUCAUCUCAACCUAUGACAUCAUCAUCAUCUCGGCCUGUGACAUCACCGUCUCAGCUUCAGCCACCAUUGUCAUCAGUGACGAGGAGGACACUUAUGUCUGAUAGCAUUUGUGAUGGUGAAGCAGACAUGCACACUGGCCACAGCGAUGAGGGCCUCAAACAAACACCACCAUCCACUACUACAACAGCAGCAGCAGCACCACCACCACCAGCAGCAUCGGCAGCAGCAGUAGCAGCAAUGCCAGCACCACCGCAACGACAACACCAAUAUCAUACGUCACCUGUUUAUUGCGACGACAACACACCACACGGCCAUGCACAACACACCAACAACACAGACCGUGUACGUAUUGCCGUGGCAAGUAGUGCCGUCGCUUCUGAAUGGAGACCACCGGGAACGCAACCACAUCAACAGCAACAUCACUUCCCGCCCUCCGCCGCUCACAAUCAGAAUGGGUCUCACCAGUUUUUCCAUGGUUACGAUGCCAUGGCAACCGGCCAGACUGCGGAGCAUGUUGCCAGGCAACGUGAAACUACUCCAGGGAGCAGAACACACGAUGUGACGGCGAUGGAUGUCCAAUUUGUUGGCGCCAGCCAGUCGCCUCCAGCGCACCCUCACCUUCACCAACAACAGCAUCACAACUCACGGCAACAACAGCAGCAGCAGCAGCAGCAGCAGCAACAGCAGCAGCAGCAGCAACAGCAGCAGCAACAGCAGCAGCAGCAGCAACAGCAACAGCAACAGCAGCAGCAACAGCAGCAGCAACAGCAACAGCAGCAGCAGCAGCAACAGCAGCAACAGCAGCAACAGCAGCAGCAACAGCAGCAGCAACAGUAUCAACAAAGUGGAGCUGGACACAAUGCUGUGGAGGAUGUCAGACAGAGACAGCAACAUAAUGAGCAGUAUGGAUUCCAGCAGAGGCAACAACAGCAACAACAGCAGCAGCAGUACAACACCUCACCCAGACUAAGUGGACGGCAACAACCGAUGCAUAGCCCCGAUCUCCGGCUUCCGCACCAACCUGGACAGAGUCCUGAUCUGUCUCACAGCCGCAGAGAGCAGCUUCAGCAGCAGCAACAGCAGCAGCAGCAACAAAGCUUUCAGCAUGAGCCGCAGCGUUACUCCCAACAUCCUCCCGGGCAUCAUUCCCCAUUCCCAGGCCAAGAUGGAGGGCACAACCAGCAGCAGAGGCAGCAGCAGCAACAGCAAGGACAUGACUCCCACCAUCACCACCAUCAACAGCACGAUCAACAACACCAGCCACAACACCAGCAACAGUCAGAGCACCUCUCUGACAAUAACCGUCAUUAUCCACAUGGUCGCCAUGACGAUGACGCUGGACGGCAGUUUCGAAAGACCUGGCAUGACCAGCAGCAGCAGCACCCCAAUGCGUACUAUCAUGAUUACCAACAACGACCACAACAGCAACCACAACAACAACCAAAACAACAACCACAACAGCAACCGCAACAACAACCACAACACCACCAACAACAUCCGCAACAGCAACAGCAUGACGUUGAUUGGCAGCCUCGGCUGCAGCAACAACAGCACCAGCAAAGCUACCACCAUCAGCAGCAGCAUCAACAGCAGCAACAGCAGCAUCAACAGCAGCAGCAACAACAGCAGCAACAACAGCAACAGCAGAACAGACACAGCAGCGAUCGCCAGUACCAGCCACAGCAGCAGCAGAAUUUUCCCCAAGGUGGACAGUAUCAGCAACAAAACCCACACCAGCAACCGCAACAGCAGCAGCAGCAACAGCAGCAGCAGCAACAGCAACAGGAACACCCGCAGCAGCAGCAGCAGCAGCAGCAGCACCACCACCACCAGCAGAAGAAGGACAGGCACUCUUCAAGGCAAUGGGACGAGCAGCAAUUUCCAAUUGGCGGUGGCAAUGAUCACUUGGAGCAAAGAACAAGCGGUCAGAUCUAUCAAUACCCUGCAGAAGAUCUAGACUAUGGCGCACAACAACAACAACAUUCCCGUUACAGCAAUGACAACCCACCACAACUGCAGCAGCAGCAGCAGCACCAUAGCAACAGCCAUCACCACGGUCACCACUGGCAGCGCGACUCAAGCCAAUCAUCCAGCAGUAGCUUAGCGGGAAAUCCCCGCGAGUAUGAUGAUUACUCUCCUGACCGAGGUUUCCAUGACAAUCACCAUGGCUUCAACAACGCAGGCCAAGCGCCACAAUCACAGUCUCAAGCGGAUCAGACGGGUGACGACGAUGAUGGGCAGAACCGUGCUGUCGGGUUGCCCUGCCGACGAUUCACCGAGCCACUGAGGUCGCUGACGGAGGACAACAACCCUGACCUCAUACCCAGCCAGGCUGCACGGCAGCUGUCGUCCUCCGGCCUGGUCCAUCGUGUCGAGCAUGACCCUGCUAGCGGUGGUGCUGGUGCUGCUGAUGCUGGAGAUUGUCAUGGACCGUACGGUGCAGGCCGAGGUGGUCAUGGUGAUGGUGGUGAUGGUGGAGGAUUUCUAUUUGGAAACUCUGUUGCAGCCACCAUAGGUAGUCAAAUGUCCAAGGUAUCCGUAUACCUGUACCUACGACCCAGACACGGCAGUGGCAAUGCAGGUACAGUUGCCACGGGAACAGCGUCGUCAUCGUCGUCGUCUUCGCCGUCCUUCAGACUUCUGGUCAACGUCAUGGUGGAUAACACGUGGAAGGUUUCCAGACUGUUGAGGUUCAUCUCCGACAAGGUUGCUAUGGAGACUGGGCUGACAUCCGUCAGGCUUCUAGCCAUGGCUGACAGUGACGUUACACGUGUAGACGUUGGUCGCCUGCGUUCAGUCGCCAAGUCCGACAACCUGCUGACCGUGUGUCCGUCAAGGGCACUCUGUGUCGCCGUGGAAACGUAACGUAUUGUUGCCGUACGCACGCACGCAUGCACGCUAACUGACGGAGAUGCGACAUGUUGAGCAUCGGGAGUUUGUUGAGAGCUAUAAGUAACACUAGUUUCAUUGCUCCGGAGUGACCUGUCCCUCUACCCCAGUGGGCAUACCCUGCAUUCAGCCGUACUUGUUUUGACAGAGUCUAGUUGGAAAUUCUCUUGAACUCAGUAUUUGUUUCUGGUGCCAUGCGACUACAAGUACCUAUGCGGGCAAUGUAUGAUGUGAUGUUUCGAUUGUUUUCUUGAUAAGAAUCCAUGUCCAUUCCCCAGACCAAACGAUACGCACCUCAUUGCUCUACUUUUCAAUAUAAAACUCCUCAUGGACACACUCCUCAUUGUCAUGCCCCUCAUUGUCAUACCCCUCAUUGUCAUACCCCUCAGUGUCAUACCCCUCAGUGUCAUACCCCUCAGUGUCAUACCCCUCGUUGUCAUGCCCCUCAUUGUUGUGCUCCUUGUGGGCCUGUUCUUUCAGUGUCACCUUGAUUGUCAUGCUCGUUAUUGUCGCACUCGUUAUUGUCACAAUCCUCAUUGUCAUGCUUGCCGUCUUGUCUAUCUGGGAGUAGGUAUUUUAUUACUCCCUGAUCGUACUAGUAGGCCACUGACUUGACAAAUACGCUUGGUUGCCUUCAUCCACUGUACAAUGUACAAUGUACAAGGCAUUUGUAUUUCGUAUAUACUGAGUGUGAGACUCAUGGCCGCCGACACCCUGCCCCUAAAUUUAUUAAAUUUUGUUUCCAGAGACACGAGAGCGAUGCUGCCUAUUGUGAGUACAUCACUAUGACAACCACUCUAUUUUCGAAUCAUUUCAAAUCUCUCCUAUUCACCCGGUGCGAUUAUUAUUAUUAUUUUCUCACCGCACACAACUACUUGAGCCAAUCUAUGUACCUUGAGCCAUGAUUUUUUCUUCUUGUUCCUACUACAUAUAGCCUACAUGCGGCAAGCAAGAUCAGAAACAGAGGCAGUUUGUUGUGCUCAG